UGUGUAUGAACUUUUGUGUUAGUAUGGCAAAGCUGUAACACUGUUCGACAAUUUAACUAAGUAUCGAUAAAGAUACGCUUUUCAACAGGACAUUUACAUUAAAUAAACACUGAAAGAUGGCCUCGUUCAGAUUUUGUGCCGAGUGCAACAAUAUGUUGUAUCCUAAGGAGGAUAAAGAUAAUGCUCGUCUUUUAUAUUCAUGUCGUAAUUGUGAUUACACAGAAUUGGCUGAAAAUCCAAAAGUUUACCGUCAUGAACUUAUUUCAAACAUUGGUGAAACUGCUGGUGUUGUCCAAGAUAUAGGGAAUGAUCCUACUUUACCUCGUUCCAAUAAGGAAUGUCCAUCUUGUCAUAAUGCUGAUUGUGUGUUUUUCCAAUCUCAACAACGUAGAAAGGAUACCUCGAUGGUUUUAUUUUAUGUUUGUUUACAUUGUAAAACAACAUUUCAAGCGCUGUAAAUAUUUAUUUAAAGCGUACGGGUUUCAACCCAACUCUGUACUAUAUAUCAUAAAGGAAAGUAUAAAUAAAAGAAUAAUGAUGAAAUAAAAACCAUAACAAUUUGAGAA